AUGGGGGACUCGACUUGUCUCAUGCAGCAACCAUUCUGUUAUGCUUCAGGCAUUUCCAAUGAAGCCAACGAGAACAACCCAAUUCAUGCACUUGGGCAGUCAAUUUCGUUUGGGAGGUUCAUGUCAGAGUCACUGGCAUGGGAGAAGUGGUCUAGUUUCUCCCACAACCGCUAUGUGGAAGAGGCAGAGAGGUACUCAAGACCUGGAACUGUUGCGCAGAAGAAGGCUUUCUUUGAAGCUCACUACAAGAAGCUUGCUGCUCAGAAGGCUGCUGCAUUGCUUGAACAAGCAAACAAUGGGGCACAAAAAACUGCCACUGGACAAGAAGAUGAGGGACGAAUUGACAAUGACAAUCAAAAUGACACUGACACUCAUAAUUCACAAUCAAGUCCAAAUUCUGAAAUGGUUGUCAAGGUAGAGCAAGGUGCAAAGGUUUUGACUGUUACCUCUGAUGACAAUAAUGGCAUGAUCAGACUCACAGUCGGUGAGCAUGAUUCAAGUUCUAGUGAAGAGGCAAGUGUUACACCUGAAAGCGUCAAGGAAGCGAGAUCUGAGGCAGAGAUAGAAGAAGUUUCUGUUGUAGGAAACUCAAUGGAGGUUGAAUUGCAAAACCAGCUUGAAGAUCUUGAUGCACAAAGGGAGCAAAGUGAAAAGCUUAGUGUAAUUGUAACACCAAUUUUGGCACCAUUAGUGAAGGUGGUAUCUGAUCAGGAAGUUUUGGCUAGUGUGGGCAAGAAGAAACCCCCAGUUUCUUCCUUUAAGUUGUCAAAGGCUAAUGGAACCUCCAAGUUCACCACUACACCUGUUAAGUCCACAACUGCUAUUUCUUCCAAAAAAGAUGACAUUGCUUCACCAAUAAGCAAAAAACCUGCAAGUGGAACCUCCAAGUGCACCACUACACCUGUUAAAUCUACAGCUGCUAUUUCUUUCAAAAGAGAUAACAUUGCUUCACCUAUGAGAAAUAAACCUUCCAAGUUCACCACUACACCUGUUAAAUCCACUGCUGCUAUUUCUUUCAAAAGAGAUAAUAUUGCUACACCAAUGAGCAACAUGCCUUUUGUAUUAAGCAUUGCAGAUAAAAAGAGAUCUACUCCAAGGUCAGUUAAUUUUACUCCCAUUAGGGAACUUAAUAGGUUGACUGCAUCAGUCAUGAGAAAGUUUGAAAGUACAAGAGUUGGUGCUAGUUCUUCCAAGGCUUCAAAGGAUAACUUCACUCCUAUAAGAACUCCAACCAUGGCUUCCAAGGAGAUUCAAAAGCAUUCUUCAUUGACCCCGUUAACUGAAAAGAAAAGGAACAAAACACCUCUUGAUUUAUCCUCAGCACCAGGCAAUCAUACUGGUGGUCCUAAAUGGCGCUUUCUUUCUGGAGAAUCUUUAAGGGGCUUUCGUAAACUUGAAGAAAAGUUCAAUGCUAAUGAAGCACAAAAGGUGCAGCUGCAUACCAAACUCAAGGAGAAAACAGAGACUGAGAUAAUAAAAAAACUACGCCAAAGCUUUUGCUUCAAAGCCAGGCCACUACCUGACUUUUAUAAGGAAAGGAAAACAUGCAAGAAUGAGACAACAAAGGACCUACUGGCACAUACUGAAACAUAUAAAGAUGGAAGGAAAUCCACUCCCACUAUGGCAGAGAGCAAAACUUAUUUUCCUCCUAACAGACCUGUAUUGAAAACCACUGGCACUAAGCAUUUCCAGGGAAAGAAUGGUCGCACCUUGACUCAGCCUCUAACUUCAACUUCCACCACACUUCCAACUCAUGAGAAUGAAUCACCAAAUAUUCAACAUGGAUACCAGAAUGCUGAAAACUUCAAAUAUUAA